AGGCUCAGUAGACCAAUCGCGAAUUUCUUUUCCCGUCGACCUUGCCUGGGCCUUACUAGUCUUAUCGUCGAAUUUAUCAUUUUUUAUCGACUCAAGAGGUUAUGUCCUCGCCACAUUCUCCUUCCACAACGAGCAGCGAAUCAAGAUCUCGAUUUCUCAGUCAGCAUUCGCCGAUCCACCAAUCUCAGCCGCUCGCGCGUCGCCCUAGGACAUUCUCCCAAUUCUCGCCUCGUGUUCAGUGAAUUCGCCUCGUGAUAGGCGUAUACAUCAAAUCUCUACAAUCGCCUCGUGAUAGGCGUAUACAUCAAAUCUCUACAAUCGCCUCGUGAUAGGCGUAUACAUCAAAACUCUACAAUCGCUUCGUGUGUAAGUCUGAGCCGGGCGUGCACGGGGACACGAGCUAAAUCGGCGAAACCCUUUCGAGCUAGCGGCGCUUUAUAAGAUCCGCCAGCCAUGGCGCCGGCCCCAGUGGACCACACCCGAGUGGACGUCCCCGACCACGCCACGGUGCACGCCGCGCUGCGUCUCGACGCCGCGCAAGCCGACAACCCCCUCCUCGCGCCGCUGCCAUGCGGUCACGCCGGGACCGACUCCGAGCCGCCGCGCCUCGAUUACGUUCUCCUGCCCCACGAGAGCGAGUGCGAGGGGACGGCGGCGGCGGAGGGGUCCGGCGGCGCGGUGGCGUCGUGGGGGGGCGAGGCGAUGGCGCAGUGCGGCGUGGGGCUGCCAGUGGCGGGGACCAUGGCGGUGAACAGUUUCAUGCAGCUGCUCUGCCUCGCGUUCGUCGGACACCUCGGCACGGAGCAGCUCGCGUGCGCGUCCAUUGCCACGGCUCUCGCUAACGUCACUGGCUUCUCGCUGCUGGAGGGUCUGGCUAGCGCGAUGGAGACGGUGUGCGGGCAGGCGUACGGCGCAGGCGACCUGGCGUCGCUGGGCACCAUGCUGCAGCGCGUGCACCUCAUCCUCACGCUCGCCUGCCUCCCCAUCGCCGCCUGCUGGCUCGCCACGAAGCCGCUGCUGCUGCUCACAGGACAGGACCACGUCAUAGCGAGCGGGGCGGCCAUGUACAUCGCAUGGGAGAUCCCGGGGCUGCUGGCGUCUGCCGCCUUCCUGCCCAUCACCAAGUUCAUGCAGGUGCAAGGCGUGACGCUCCCCCUCACGCUCAUCUCGCUGGUCUCGCUCCUCUUCCUCGCCCUCGCCUCCUACCUGCUCAUCCACACGCUCGCCCUCGGCUUCACAGGCGCCGCCAUGGCGCUCUCCCUCACGCUCCUCUUCCAGCUCCUUCUCGCGCUGCUCUACCUUGCACUCCUAGACCCCUCGCACCGCCUGCUCUCGCGCUGCUGGCGUGGCUGGUCGCUCUCCCUCUGCUUCUCCGGCUGGCUGCCGUAUCUCGCGGUGGCCGUGCCCUCCUGUGCCAUGAUAUGUCUGGAGUGGUGGUUCUUUGAGAUCGUCACUCUCGUCUCUGGCCUGCUGCCCAACCCCGCUGUCAACGUCGCUGCCAUGACCAUCAGCCUGCAGUCCGCUGGCUUCUGCUACAUGUUCUCCUUGGCGUUUGGCAUCGCUGCAAGUGUGCGUGUGAGCAACGCCCUGGGAGCAAGGAGCCCCCAAUCAGCGCGGCGGGCAGUGGGCGUUGCGGUAGCCCUGUCCCUGGUGCUCUCGGUGCUCAUCGCGCUCUUCCUGCUGCUCAUUCAAGACCUCCUCGUGCUCUUCUUCACCGGCGGCGCCGCUCUCGAUGUGGCCGCUCUAGUGCGCGAGCUCAUGCCCUUCCUCAUCGUGUCCCAGCCGGGCUUCUGCUUCCCCACCAUCCUCUCGGGCGUUUUGCGGGGGUCGGGGCAGCAGGCGGUGGGCACGGGUGUGAACGCGUUCACCUUCUAUGUCAUUGCGCUGCCACUGGCUUACGCCCUCGCCUUCUACCCGCUCUCCCUCGGCGUUGCUGGUCUCUGGCUGUCGAUAAUCGUGGGGGAGGCCAUCCAAACAGCCAUCCUGGCGUACUACGUGGCCACCACUGAUUGGUCCGCACAGGUGGAGCAUGCAGAGAAAAGAGUGGUGGCCAACAGAUGAGUGUAUAUUUGGCAGUACAUAUUCCAUGGGUUAUGGGUUGUUGAGUAAAAAUACAUCAAUGAGCCAAUGCCUUUAUGUGUUAUGUAAUAUGUGCUAGCAUAAUGUUAUGGUUUGCUUGUGCAUUGUCUGUUGCGAUGUUUUACGUACCUUCCAAGUCUGCGUUGUGGGACUUGAGGGUGUAAUAAUUCUAUUAGAACGAG